AUGAUUUCUAAGAUUAUUCUUUUGCUUGGGCUUAUUUUUUUCAUCUCCAGCUCCAUCUUUGUGAGGGGUCGUCCUUGUGAGCCAAAAUCAGCUUAUAAGAAGGUGUUUGAAGGUUGUGAGAAGCCCUGCGGCGAUAUAGAUAUUGUGCUCAAGUUCGUUAAAAAUAAUUGCAAUGAAAAAAAAGACGUCAAUAAAAAGAAAGGGCAGAAAUUUGACACAGUUGAAGAAUAUUUAGACAAGUUUAAUUCCCACGGUAGCAGCACUCAAGGCAGCACAAAUCAUGAUCUAUCAGGAAAUCCCAUUGGCUCUGGAACAUGCCCAUGUAUGGGUUCUGACAUCCCGAUAUGUGGAAAAAAUGAGUCGAAAACUGUAUGUCUUGGGAUUGGCCCUGAUGGCGAAAUCCAGCUUCCCAAGCCCUAUGAGGAGAUGGUGGCCGUUGUAAGCAUAAAGUGCACAAGCGACGGCAUGGCGGCUGGUCGGGUUCAGUAG